CAGCGUGCGACGUCUGCUCUAUCCUCCUCCACCCGCUCGUCUUCCCUCUCCUUCCUGACGCCCUCUUCCCCUCUGGCUCUUCUCUUUAGAAUCCAGGCCCGCGCUGCUCGAUUACCACCCCAGGGCACGGUCCGACAGCUCUAAAAACCCCGCGAGCGUCUAUCACUGGGGAUACUCCGCACACCCCCACGCACGCCCGCAGUCUCCGCCGCCGCCGCAGCAAUGGUUGUCUUUGACGGCCACACGUUCCUCACCGAGGAGGAGAAGCGCCUCAAGGAGGAUCGCGACCGCGUCAAGUACUGGAAGAAAUGGGGUUCCUACCUCGCAGAGCGCCAAUGGGCCACUGUUCGAGAGGACUACAGCGGUGAUGGCGAUGCUUGGAGUCACUUUUCGCACGACCACGCCCGAUCUCGCGCAUACCGUUGGGGAGAAGAUGGCAUUGCUGGUGUCUGCGACACACAUGGUCUUCAGAACAUUGCAUUCGCAUUCUGGAACGAAGAAGAUCCAUUCCUGAAAGAGCGGCUUUUCGGGCUCUCAAAUCCCCAGGGUAACCAUGGCGAGAGCAUCAAAGAAGCCCACUUCCACCUCGACAAUACCCCGGUACAUUCCUACAUGAAAUUCCUCUACAAAUACCCGCAGAAAGCUUUCCCGUACGAAGAUCUGCUCAAGACCAACGGCUCGCGUAGCAAACAAGAGCCCGAGUAUCAGCUCACCGAUACCGGCAUCUUCGAUGAGGACCGCUACUGGGACAUCUUCAUUGAGACCGCCAAGGACGAUGACGAGCCCGACGAGAUCCUUUUCCGAGUCACUGCCUGGAACAGAGGCCCCGACCCAGCCCCAUUGCACAUCAUUCCUCACGUCUGGUUCCGAAACACUUGGGCGUGGGGUCGUGAGCCCGAAGACCGCAAGCCUUCAAUCAGCGCUCAUGGCGAGAACAUGGCCAAAUCGACCCAUCACUCUCUCGGAGACCGUUAUGUCCUUUUGUCACCAUCCCCAGGUGUCGGCACCAGCGGCGAAGAUGUGCAGCCAGAGCUGAUCUUCACCGACAAUGACACCAACACCGAAUUCUUGUACGACCAGCCCAACAAGGUUCCGUACGUCAAGGACGCCUUCCACAACUACAUCGUUGGCGGGAAAAAGGAGGCUGUGAACCCAGCUCAGACAGGCACAAAGGCUGCAGCCUGGUUCUCGUUCAAUGAGUCGGGUGGUGUCGGGCCCGGUGAAUGCGCCGUCGUGCGCUUUCGCUUUUCUAAGAAGAACGACAACUACCUGGACGAAGAGGUUUUCGACGACAUCAUUGAGAAGCGCCGUGAAGAAGCCGACGACUUCUACUACCGCCUCAGCCCUCUGCCCAUGACCGACGACCUCCGCAACAUCCAGCGUCAGGCUUUUUCCGGCAUGAUGUGGUGUAAGCAAUACUACCAGUUCAUCUGGGACCAAUGGGCCAAUGGCGAUCCCGCGCAACCUCCUCCGCCGCCAGAAAGAAAGGCAAUCCGAAAUGCGCAGUGGAAGCACCUGCACAUUGACGACAUUCUCUCGAUGCCGGAUUCCUGGGAGUAUCCAUUCUUCGCCGCUUGGGACAGUGCCUUUCACUGUAUUCCUCUGGCCAUGAUUGAUCCCGACUUUGCCAAGAAGCAGAUCGACCUCUUUACAAGAGAGUGGUACCUUCACCCUAAUGGGCAACUUCCUGCCUACGAAUGGAACUUCUCGGACGUCAACCCCCCGGUACAUGCUUGGGCUACUUUCCGGGUCUUCAAGAUUGAGCGGAAACUUUAUGGCAGGCAAGAUCUUGAUUUCCUGGAGCGUGUUUUCCAGAAGCUGCUUCUCAAUUUCACGUGGUGGGUGAACCGAAAGGAUAUGGACGGCAAGAAUGUCUUCGAGGGUGGCUUCUUGGGACUCGACAACAUCGGCCUUUUCAAUCGUUCCGAGCCUCUCCCCACUGGUGGUGUCCUCGAACAGGCUGACAGCACUGGCUGGAUGGCAUUCUACUGCCUUUGCAUGCUCAACAUUGCGCUUGAGCUGGCCAAGCACCGCCGGACAUAUGAGGAUAUCGCCUCAAAGUUCUUUGAGCAUUUCAUCUUCAUUAGCGACGCCAUGACCUUCAAGGCUGGCAGCAAGGACGAGAAGUCCCUCUGGAACGAGGAGGAUGGCUUCUACUACGACGCCAUCUCUUGGGGUGGCCCGUGGAGUCAACAGCUCCCUGUGCGGUCCUUGGUCGGUCUGAUUCCGCUCUACGCGACUUUGACGCUGGAGCCGGAGCUUAUCAACAAAUUGCCAUCUUUCAAGAAGCGGGUAGAGUGGUUUAUGGAGAACCGCUGCGAUCUGGCGGAGCGGAACAUGGCCAGUAUCAGAAAGAGGGGUAAAGGCAACCGUAUCCUGCUGGCAAUGGUCAGUAAGGACAGACUGGAGAAGAUUCUGAAGCGUAUGCUCGACGAGAACGAGUUCUUUUCCGAUCACGGAAUACGCUCGCUCUCGAGGUACCACAAGGAGCACCCCUUCUCUAUGGAUGUUCACGGCCAGAAAUUCUGCGUCGGGUACGUACCUGGCGACUCGGACAGCGGACUCUUUGGCGGCAACAGCAACUGGCGAGGCCCCAUCUGGCUCGCUGUGAAUUUCCUCCUGGUCGAGUCGCUCCAGCGUUUCUACCUCUUCUACGGACGAGAUUUCCAGGUUGAGUGCCCGACAGGAUCUGGUGACUACAUGCACUUGGGUCAUGUUUCCGAGGAGAUUCAACACCGUCUACAACACUUGUUCGCUCGCGGUGACGAUGGCCGUCGUAGCAUCAAUGCGGGCAACGAUAUGCUGGACUUUGACCCUCACUGGAAGGAUCACAUGUGGUUCCAUGAGUUCUUCGACGGCGACACUGGCCGCGGACUCGGAGCUACACAUCAAUGUGGCUGGACCGGACUGAUUGCUCGUAUGAUUCAUGAUACGGGAAUCAGCUGUCGUCUCCCUCAGACUCCCAGGACGCCAGGUGUGGGCAUGUCGCACUACUUUGAUGACAUGCUCAGCCGAUCCGUGAACCUUGAUAGCCCUAAGCAAGAGAAGCCGCGCAUGCGUCGGUCGUCGACUGCCAGGUCUAUUGGUGCCCGUAGCGAUUUUGAUGUGGAGGACGAGGAUGAGACUAGGAGCAUAGUUGAUGAGCCCGAGAGCUACGAACAAAAGGCAGAGCGCGAGGCCGAGCUGCAGGAGGCCAACUCGCACAUGCACCAGUACAUCUCGGAUCAGCUGGAGCGUGUCAAGUCGAAGCAGGACCGCGAAGGCAUGAUUGCUGGCGACGAGUUCGAGGCACACGCUUCAGACUAGAGUAGUUGGUGUGUUCCUAGGUAUCCCACAUCAUCAUGGAGAGGAGGCAUUUUGGAAAAGGGAGUACUUGCAAGCAUAAAAGGAGCUUCUUGCCAUACAUACUUAAAACAGUCUCAAACAAAUUUACAGUAGAUAGAAACCAGCAUAGCAGGACACGCUCAGAUCAAAGUUCAGACCCAAAAGAUAUACAAUCCGACACAGAUCCUGACAAUGGC